GACGGCAGAAAGAGGGCGAAUCGAUUGCAAAUUACGUUGCAGAAUUGCGCCGCCUAGCAAAAGAUUGCGAAUUCGCGGACAGCCCGAACACAGCGUUACGCGAUCGAUCGGUGUGCGGUCUCCGACAUGAAAGCCUACAGCAGAAGGUCCUAGCAGAACGAGACCUGACAUUGGAAAAGGCACCGUCGCUAACUCGAGUGUACUAUUGGGUUCUUAGUGAGAGACACCGAGUGGCCUUCUACCCUUGCACACGACUCUUCAUCUCUCAAGGCCCCCAGGCUAAACCAUACAUACUCUUAACUAUAUACGCGGUUAUGGUCCCUCCCAUAGGAGUGGCCGACACAAUCUAGUAACCUCUAUUACAUCGAGCGCACGAAACCGCAAGACUCGAACUGAAAUUGUUGCCAGGAGAACCGCAAUCAAGUCGACAAACACACCAAGCAGCGGAGACAACGUUUACCUGCAAGCAUCCGGAGGUAGGCGGUUCACUCCCAGGGAUAGCAGAGCUAAAGAGCGUGUUUGCCAUCGUUGUGAUGGACGCGAUCACGACUCUGAAAAGUGUUGGUACGAGAGCGCCACUUGCCGGGUUUGCAACGUUAGAGGUCAUAUCGCCAAAGCUUGCAGGAAACGGAAGCAAUCUGGCCAGAAGUAUCGAGCGAGUUAUGGCUCGGAAUUUCAGAACCGCAAGCAUGCAAGCAUCGAAGUCGACGAAACCCAGCCACCAAACGAAUCGAGUCGAAGAAGACGACGAGCACCUGCAAAUUUUCGCCUAGGAUUACUGUCACAAGCACUAGCACCUUCUACACUGUUUUGUUCUGAAGGUGGCUCUGUUUCCAAUUCGUCCUCUUCUGGUUGUUUUUCAUCUGUUUGAAUCAAAGAUAGUUGACCUUCUAGAGCGUUUGGUUCAGCGCUAACAUUUGACUUUUCUUUGUGUCUCUUAGUAGUUAUCCAAGAACUACACACAGGACAUAUAGGAAUGGUGCGAAUGAAGGCGACGGCUAGAAGUUUUGUAUGGUGGCCUGCCUUGGACAGAGAUGUUGAGAGUAUAGUCAGAUUAUGUUCCACGUGUCAGGAACAACGGAAUAAACCUGCAAUUUCAAAGCCAACUCAUCCUUGGAUAUACCCGGAAGGUCCUUGGGAACGUGUCCACGCAGACUUUGUGGAGUACGGAGGAAGACACUACUUAUUGUUAGUAGAUGCGUUUUCAAAGUGGCCAGAGGUCCAUGAAUUACACAAGAAUACUACUGCUUGCCAGACAGUAGAAUGUAUGAGAAGAACAUUUUACAACUCGUGGAAUACCAUAUUGUAUGGUAACUGACAAGGGACCUCAAUUCCUAUCAGAGUUUAGUAACUUCAUGCGCUCAAAUGACAUCCACCAUCAACGUACCCCACCAUAUCACCCAUCCAUGAAUGGACAGGUGGAGAGGAUAGUACAGGAAUUAAAGAAGAGCUUGAAGUCUAAGCCAUCAGAGCGAACAUGGAGUCACCAAUUGUCAUUGUUCUUACUUCAUUAUCGGACUACCCCACACGGAACGACGGGAAGACUCCAGCUGAGUUGCUGAUGAAACGUUCUCUUAGGACGAGGCUGAGUCUGUUGAAACCGGAAGCUGGGAAAAGGAUACGAGAUCAUCAAAGAGAAGAAUUUAACCAGGCUACAACCAAUGUAAGAGAAAUGGGUCCAGGAGACACUGUUUCUGUCUGGAAUCGAAGAAGAGAUGGUCGAAGCAAAUGGCUUGCAGGAAGAGUGACACAACGACUGGGACCAACAUCUUAUUUGGUAAAUGUAGACGGACACAUAAGAUACGUGCAUAUUGAUCACUUGAUAACAAGAGAUGCGACCAAUACACAAGUGAUUCUGCCAGAAGAACCGGAUAUCUUGCCAGCUAGAGUUGUACCAGAUUCAUCAGGACCCAUGUUAGAAGAUCCUACACUUCCAGCAAGUACACUUACACCUACAGAGACUACAGAUGAGGAGUAUGUCAUGAGGAAAUCCACUGAGACUAAAGAUCCAGUCACAGACAAUGGAGCAACUGAACCUCAGAAGGAAAUCAGUCAAAGGAGAUAUCCAACUCGAGAGAACAGACAGCUACCUCUCAGGUAUCGUAGAAACUAAAGGGAGAGGAGUGUAGUGUGUGACACUUAAUUAGAUUAGACCUAGCUGGCAUGGUAUGUAGUAAUUAGACAUAGCACUAUUUGGUUGGUACGUUAGUGAGCGUUGUAGAGUGUGUAAUAACAAGUGAGUCUCU